AUGAAUACUAACCCUCUUUCUAAUGACACGCCUGACGACGAUGACGAGGACGAUCUUAUAAAAACGAUUCGUAAAACAGGUUGCCUAGAACGACAUUUUGCUGUAAUGGAAUGUACUUAUGAACAUAAAGAUUGGCGACGCUGUCAAAAAGAAGUUAGAGAAUUUCAAACAAUUGAUCCUGCUGAUGUGCUUGACUAUCUUAGAUUAUAUUUCACCCAGGAUAAUGUAGAUAGAAUAAAUGCUGAGUUGACUCGCAGGGCCAGAGCUCGUUUCUUUUUGGAUGAACUUAUCAGGCGUCCGGAUAAUGCGUUUGAUGAAUUUUUGAAGGCAUUGGAUGAAACUUAUCCCUUUCUUUCCCAAACUAUCAAAACACAUUUGAAGCGUUCCUCAGAGAGGGCAAAGAAGAUUACAUCUGGCGGUGGAUCCUUGAUACAUCAACGUAUGCUCUUGGAGGGUCAUGUACCAGAUCUUCCAUAUCGACACCUACCACGCCCUACGUUGACUCAGAAAUUGGCCAACAGUAUAUGCUAUCUGACUGAAUCUUCAUAUCCUAUUACGACUCCCAGAUGCGACUCCUCUUCAAUAAAUCAAAAGAAGUUGUGCGUGGCCGGUACUGCUGCCUUGGAUGAGGAAUUUAGUCUGUUUUGCCCUUCUUCUCUUGAGGAUCAUCACACUUCCCCAGUAGGACCAUCCAUGAAAAAUAGAUGGCUCCUACUCCAUGGUCCACCUGGUCAUGGGAAGUCGGUUUUAGCUGUUAGCGCCCUCAGACAUCACAAAGUGGCCUCUAGCUUUACAGGCGGUGAGCUGGCUUUAGACGUUAAUUUAUAUAUAUGUAUAUAUGCACCCUGA